AUGUCACUUUUCGGCGCCGGCGCGUCGUCGGCCUCGGCGGGUCAGACAAACACCACCGGCGACAUUUCCAAGGACGUCGCCCUCAACACUCCUCCCGAGGAUGGCAUCUCGGAUCUCCGCUUCUCGCCUACCAGCGAGCACCUAGCCGUCGCCUCGUGGGAUAAGAAAGUCCGCAUCUACGAAAUCAACGACCAGGGACAAAGUGAAGGAAAGGCACUCUUCGAGCACGAAGCUCCAGUUCUGAACUGCUGCUGGUCUCCAGAUGGAACCAAGGUCGUCGGUGCUGGUGCCGAUAAGGCAGCCCGCAUGCUCGAUCUCGGCUCAGGCACAACAACUCAAGUUGCUGCCCAUGACGCCCCAAUUCGAAGCUGCCAUAUGAUCCCCAAUCCCUCCGUGGGCGGAACCCCACUCCUGAUCACCGGCUCGUGGGACAAGACAGUCAAAUACUGGGAUUUGCGCCAGUCGACCGCAAUCGCCUCCGUCGAGUGCCAGGAGCGUGUCUACACCAUGGACGUCAAGAACAAGCUUCUCGUUAUCGGCACCGCUGACCGUUACAUCAAUAUCAUCAACCUCGACCAGCCAACAAAGUUCUACAAGACUAUGCAAUCACCCCUCAAGUGGCAGACGCGGGUAGUCAGCUGCUUUUCAGAUGCCUCCGGCUUCGCGGUCGGCUCCGUCGAGGGUCGCUGUGCUAUUCAGUACGUCGAGGAGAAGGAUUCCGCCUCGAACUUCUCCUUCAAGUGCCACCGUGAAACCCCGCCCGCAAACCGCGAUGUCUGCAAUAUCUACUCCGUUAACGCUAUCUCUUUCCACCCCAUCCACGGCACCUUCAGCACCGCAGGUGCGGACGGUACUUUCCACUUCUGGGACAAGGAUGCCAAGCACCGUCUCAAGGGUUACCCCGCUGUCGGAGGCCCUAUCACUACCACCGCUUUCAACCGUACUGGAAAUAUCUUCGCUUACUCUGUCAGCUACGACUGGAGCAAGGGUUACUCCGUCAAUACCCAGCAGACUCCCAACAAGGUCAUGCUGCACCCUAUCGGACCUGAGGAGACAAAGCCCAGACCGAGCACGCGCAAGCGUUGA